AAGCCAGCAGAAAUGGAACCACUGAAUGGAACAGAUGGCCAGCCAGAAGGACAAAGCAAGACAGAACCACCUCUGAAAAGUGUUGAAGUGUCUCCAUACCAUCGCUGGGUGACCUGGUGGAAUGGGAUGACAACAGAUGGAAAUCUGUAUCUCUUUAUCCUCUCACUGUUAUUGGUUUUCUUCUUUAUGUUUUGGUGUGGUGGAUGUGAGACCAUCCCAGCAGUUCACGAUAUUUUGGCUGUCUUGUCCAACCAGUUUCAUCCAUCACAACAGUUGGAGUCAAAUUCUAACACGAAUCUGAUCAGGGAUGAAGGCAUCACAGUGUCUUACCUCCUGCUGUCUCUGUUCUUCCUUGGCUUGCUACUCGUAGCAACAUUGGUUUGGCGUCUUGUGAAGGCUCCAUCAGAACCCCAAUUUCCCUUCCAAGAGGACAGGCGACAGUCUGUAAGCCGUCAACCAUCGUUCACUUAUUCUGAAUGGACGGAAGACAAAAACGAUGAUGACUUCCUUGAUUUAGAUCCUGUACCAGAGUCACCUGUUUUUGACUGUGUGAUGGAUAUGAAAGCAGAAACAGAUCCAACAACUCUUACAGUUAAAUCUGUAGGGCUGCAGGAAAGGCGAGGUUCAAAUGUUUCGCUCACGUUGGACAUGUGUACUCCUGGCUGUACUGAACAAGGGUUUGGCUAUAUCAUGUCUCCCAGGGAACAGUCAGCUCAAGAAUACCUCCAGACAGCAUCAAAGAUUCUCUCAGAAGAGGAACUGCACGAGAAAGCUUUAGAUUCUUUUGCUCUCCAGACUGAAUUUUUUGAAAUCCCAAUGAACUUUAUUGAUCCAAAGGAAUAUGACAUUCCAGGUUUAGUCCGAAAGAAUCGCUACAAAACAAUUCUCCCAAAUCGUCACAGCAGAGUGUGCCUUACCUCAGAUGAUCAAGACGAUCCCCUUAGCUCUUACAUUAAUGCUAAUUACAUCAGGGGCUAUAGAGGAGAAGAAAAAGUAUACAUUGCUACUCAGGGACCCAUAGUUAAUACUGUCAGUGAUUUCUGGAGAAUGGUAUGGCAGGAGCAUUCUCCAAUCAUUGUCAUGAUUACCAAUAUAGAAGAGAUGAAUGAGAAAUGUACAGAGUACUGGCCAGAAGACCAAAUUACCUAUGAAGGAAUUGAAAUUACAAUUAACAGAGUCAUACAAGCAGAUGAUUAUCGGUUAAGGCUUAUUACCCUAAAGAAUGGCGAAGAAACAAGAAAACUGAAGCACUACUGGUAUACAUCUUGGCCAGACCAGAAGACCCCGGGUCACGCACCACCCCUGCUCCAACUGGUUCAAGAAGUGGAAGAAGCCAUGCAUUGUGCCGAAGAAAAGAAUGCCCCAAUCAUUGUUCAUUGCAGUGCAGGGAUUGGGAGAACAGGUUGUUUUAUUGCUACCAGCAUUUGCUGCAAACAGUGGAAAAAUGACGGUGUGGUUGACAUACUCAGAACAACAUGCCAACUGCGGUUAGACAGGGGAGGAAUGAUCCAGACUUGUGAACAAUAUCAGUUUGUCCAUCAUGUCAUGAGCUUGUAUGAAAAGCAGUUCAGCAGAGCAGCAGCAGAAGAAUGAAGAUUCAGAAUCAUUUAUUAUGAUAAAAAUCAAGGGAACUCUGAUCAGAACCACAUGUAGGACAGAGCUGAGAAGAUUUCAGAAUUUU